AUGGAUGCUGUCCUUGACUGCAUGUGUCGCUGGCCAGGAGAACCACCCUCAUGUGUACUACCCUCCUCAUAUUACUUGAUGCCAUUCGAGCAGGGAUCACAGUUUAAUGUCGCCCUCAACAAACCAGCGUACCAACAGUACCCAUUGAGAAGUGACACAUACGACGCCAGUAACGCUGUAGACGGACGUAAAUCAGACCUGAGAUGGAAUGGAGGUCAAUGUGCUGUAUCAUUGGACAAACAAACCGCCACCUGGUGGGUGAACUUGACCACCAUCCACAGCAUCAACAACAUCACCAUCUUCUUCAUGACAAAAUUUAUUUUUCAGGACUUUUAUAAUGCUUUGUCAAAUUACUUCCUUGGAUUCUCGGUGUACAUCUCCAACACAACAGACAGACUACAGGGAACACUGUGUUACAAGGACGACAACUUUACAGCAGACACCAUACCUGCUGUCUUCAACACCACCUGUCCUGUACAUGGACAGUACGUUAUCUACUACAACGAGAGACUACCAGGAGUUACCUACCCUACAG